AUGCCGCAGGUCAAUCAUAGGAUAACACCAUCUGAUACGCCAAGUGGUUCUUUCUAUGGGACUUCAGAGGAGGGAUCAAAGAUUCAGCUCAACAAAGAGAACGUUAUCAUUGAGAAUAACAGAGCGAAAUACCUGCCCCCAUGGACAACGCCGUACAUAAUAGGUGUGGCAGGUCCAUCGGGAUCAGGAAAAACCAGUGUUGCUGCCAAAAUUGUUUCAUCGAUCAAUGUUCCAUGGACAGUCUUGGUAUCUUUGGAUAAUUUCUACAAACCAUUGGCACCAGAAGAAAGACUUCAAGCCUUUAAGAAUGAGUACGAUUUUGAUCACCCUUCUGCAAUUGACCUUGAUCUGGCGUAUGAGUGCAUUUUAUCUUUGAAAGAGGGUAGAAAAACCACGAUUCCAGUUUAUAGCUUCAUCGAGCAUAAUCGGGUACCCAACAAAAGCAUUAAUAUUUAUGGCGCCAGUGUGAUUGUCCUUGAAGGAAUUUAUGCGUUAUAUGACAAGAGGCUUUUGGAUUUGAUGGAUUUGAAGAUAUUUGUUGACGCAGAUUCUGACGUUUGUUUGGCGAGAAGACUAUCCAGAGAUAUUAUACACAGAGGAAGAGAUUUACAAGGCUGCAUUCAACAAUGGCAGAAAUUUGUGAAACCAAAUGCUGAUAAGUACUUGAGUCCGACAAUGCAGAAUUCAAAUGCAAUUGUUCCUUCUUUAACGGAUAAUGGUGUCGCAGUUGACGUAAUAAUAAAUCAUAUCAAAUUGAAAUUGCAGUCAAAAUCAGAGGAUCAUUUGAAGGAAUUGAUCAGGUUAGGUUCAGCAAGCACAAUGCCACUUGGCGAUUAUAAGUCAGUUCAUGAAUUGGAUGCAACAAAUCAGGUCCUGUCCAUUAAUACAAUGUUGCUUGAUAAAAAGUUAAAAAGAGAUGAUUUUGUCUUCUACUUUGACAGAUUAGCUUCAAUUAUAUUAACAAAAGCCUUGGAUGAUAUUCCAAUUUUUGAAAAACGUGACAUAGUGACACCAAAUGGUGUCACCGUCACAGACUCUGCUGCAUGCAACUUUGAACAAAUCGCUGCUGUCAACCUUAUUAGAUCCGGUGAUUGUUUCGUCCAUUCAUUAAAAAAUACGGUUCCAAAUAUUUCAUUAGGAAAAUUGUUGAUACAAUCUGAUUCUCAGACAGGUGAACCACAAUUACAUUGUGAAUUUUUGCCAAGCGGGAUUGAGAAGUACGAUAGGGUACUUUUAAUGGAAGCCCAAAUAAUUACAGGCGCCGCAAUGAUUAUGGCAAUUCAAGUGCUAUUAGAUCACGCAGUGUCGCUGAAAAAAAUUAAAGUUGUUGUAUAUCUGGCAACUGAGCUUGGUAUCAGAAGAAUUAUUAAUGCUUUCCAUGAUCGUGUGGAGAUUUUUGUAGGCACAAUUAUAACAAGGAAGGGAAUUGCUCAUUCUAAUUGGGCAAAAACUAGAUUUGUCGACGCUAAAUAUUUUGGUUGCAAAUGA